AGUACAUAUUAGUUGACGUAUUAUACCAGAUUAUACUGUAUUAUACUUGAUUAUACAUACCGAACCCUGCGUACACGUUUAUAUAUACCGUCACAUUGCAAAUGUAGUUUGAAAUCAACUGUUGUUGAAUACUUAAUGUAGUUCGGUGUAAUUAUGAAUGCAGCAUUGCGUUUCGUAAGACCGUACAUUGAAUUAAGGAAGUCUUCUACUGUUUUAACAAGUGCAACUGUCUGGUAUAAAAUUGCCACAUGUGUCAAUGGAUCUCAUACGCGGUUUCGUUAUUAUCACAGGACACUCCCAAAUUAUAAAAAACGAAAAACCAACGAAGAAAAGAAAAGGAUUAAGACGUUACAAUUUAUUCCUAGAGUACCUGAGAAGAAAGUGGUACCUGUAAUCGAUGUUUGGAAUGAUAUGAAAAUAGCAGAUUUGGUACAUGCUACGAAAAGGAGCAUCGAUGAAGUUCUAACAGCUAUAUCUUUCUGUUCUACCAAUAGGCACAAUUAUAAUUCAAAUACCAUUAUCUCUAACAUGCGCGUGUCGGAAGAAAUCGUUAAGAAAUUGGGAUACAAAUCUCGGAGUGUUAGCAACCCUGAUACAAUGUUAUCAAAGAAAAAGGAUCUUGAUGCCGUUAAACGUCCGCCACCGGACCCUACGAUACUGAUAAAGCGUCACCCAAUUGUUACCGUUAUGGGCCAUGUCGAUCAUGGUAAAACGACGUUGUUGGAUUCUUUAAGAAAGACCUCUGUUGUACUGUCCGAAUUUGGUGGGAUUACUCAACACAUCGGCGCGUUUAACGUGACCCUAGAAACCGGAGAGAGAAUGACGUUCCUGGACACUCCUGGCCACGCCGCGUUCAACGCCAUGCGAGCGAGAGGUGCACGCAUUACGGACAUAGUAGUGCUAGUCGUAGCGGCCGAUGACGGGGUCAUGGAGCAAACUGUACAAAGCAUCGAGAUGGCCAAGUCCGCCAACGUGCCCAUCGUAGUGGCGAUCAACAAAAUCGACAAACACAACGCAGACAUUAGAAGAACACAAAAAAUGCUGGCCAUAAACGGCAUUCAAGUGGAGGACCAAGGAGGCGACGUUCAAAGCGUAAACAUUUCAGCUUUGAAAGGUGUCAAUUUGAACGCUCUGGUGGAAUGCAUAGCCGCGCAGGCAGAAGUGAUGAACCUGACGGGCGACCCCACGGGCCUGGUGGAAGCGGUCGUUGUCGAAGCAAGCUGCGAAACCGGCCGCGGAAAGGUGGCGACCGUCCUGAUACAACGUGGCACCCUGAGGCCCGGUGCCGUUCUUGUGAGCGGCGUGGCCUGGGCCAAGGUGAGGGCUAUGUUCGACGAGGCGGGCAAGCCGGUCCGCGAAGCACGAUUGGCCGAGGCCGUGGAGGUCAUCGGAUGGCGAGUGGUCCCCGACGUCGGCGACGAAAUCCUACAGGUGGAGAGCGAGCGGCGAGCCGGCGAGGUUGUCGCGUAUCGACGGGCGCAACUCGACAACCUUCGAGCCAUCGAGCAGGACAAAGCGGCCGAGCUGAAAUAUGUCGAUUACCGCGAGGAGUACAAGGCGAACCUAGAAAAAAGACGGAAGCUCGGGGUAAUUAAGCUGAAGAAAGAAGGCCCAAGGAAGAAGGAAUCGCUCCCCGACGACGAUACUCCGAAAGUGAACGUCCUGAUCAAGGGCGACGUCGCCGGUUCGGUUGAGGCCAUUAUGGAUAUCCUGAACACUUACCCCGACGCGGAGCAAUGCCGAUUGAACGUGGUACACCACGGCAUCGGCGACGUCACUCAGUCGGACGUCCAGCUAGCAGAAGCGUUCAAUGCAAUAAUCUACUGCUUCAACGUCGCCGUUCCGCGGAACUUGGAGAACAGCGUCACUGAACUGAAAGUAUCCAUUCGCGAGCACACUGUUAUUUACAAUCUCAUUGAGGACCUGAAGGAAGAGAUUAACGGCAAACUUCCACCGGUGACGAAGGAUGAAAUACUAGGCGAAGCCAACGUCUUGCAACAGUUUGUCGUGACGGAAAAGCGGAAAAAGGUAAACGUCGCGGGAUGUCGGUGCACGAAGGGCGUUCUCCUAAAAACCGCGAAUUUUCGAGUGAUACGCGGAAAAGACACCGUCAUCUACGAAGGCAAAGUCGAAUCCAUGAGACACCUCAAAGAAGAAGUCGCAUCGAUUAAAAACGACACGGAAUGCGGACUGAGGUUCGAACAACCUGACGUCUCGGUCCAACCGGGAGACCGUUUGAUCUGUUUCAAGAUCAUCCAGAAGGAGCCGGAAACCCAGUGGGAUCCUGGUUUCUGAAAUUUCGAUAGAAGAAGCGACAGCGCGUUUUGACUUAAUGAUGCCGGGUUCCCACGGGACGUAAACCGCGCUUUCGUACACGUUCUGUAUGAAAAGUCGUGGAACUCGCGUUCGAGAUCACCGAGCCACGAAACAGGUGUGAAGAGAUCAAACACGCUUGAUUUUUCAGUCAUGUUCACGUCAUCGUAGAGAUAAAACGGCACAACCGUCGGCAAUUAGUCGGCCUUUCGUUUAAUACUGGUAAAUCCAUCUGAACUUUCUACCGUAGUGAUUAACCGCGCAGGCAUAAACGCUAGAGUCGCUAAUGACCGUGGUUCGUGUGUCAUGGAAACCCGGCAUUACACGGUACCGGCGUAAUUGAGCAUUUUGUUGAAGAGGAAGAAAAAAAAAAAGAUACAACGAAACGUA